UUAAAGCAUAGUAAUAAUUUUUAUAAAAAAUUAUUACUCUCUUUUUGAUUAAAAUUGAAUUCACGACAAUAUAAAAAAAUGCAAAAGCCUAGCGUAACAGCUGCAUGUGCAUCGUGCAAGCAUCAAAGGAAGAAGUGCAGUACGGACAAUUGUGUAUUAGCUCCUUAUUUCCCCGCUGAGAAAAGUCGUGAAUUCAAGGCGGUACACAAGGUGUUCGGGGUCAGUAACAUAACAAAAAUUGUGAAAAAUCUAAAAGAAGAUGAUCGGAGAAGGGCGGUUGAAUCACUCAUAUGGGAAGCAUUUUGUAGGCAAAAAGACCCGGUUUUAGGCCCGUACGGAGAGUACAAAAGGGUUCAUGAGGAACUCAAGUUGUACAAAAGCCAAUACCACCAACAAAUUUUGCAAGCUGGGAGUAAUAAUAAUAAUACUGAUAAAAAUGGCAUGGUGUAUGAAGCAACAACACAAGGGUUGAUUAAUGGAUGGAAUAUUAAUACUAAGAGGAAUGAUAAUUAUAUAAAUCAUGAGAAUUUAAAUGUGGAAUCAUGGUCAUCUUAUAACAAUAAGAUUAUAAAUCCUUUACAUCAUGUCCAAAAUAUUGAAAAAUUAAGAACAGAAAAUAGUAAUGGCUCUAUAGUUAUUGUGCCUCAACAACAAGUCUAUAAUGAAUUCAACCAGCAAUAUUUUCUAACAGGUCAAUAUAAUCCAAUUAAUUCAAAGCCAAGGGAAAGCAUGCUGUGGGAAGACAACUCCUGAAAAUCCUGAAAGUUUUUUCCAUUUAUUUUGUUUUUGUUUUUGUUUUGGUCCUUUUUAUCAUGCUUUG